GCUGUGCAUCAUCCUGUCCACCUUGGCCGUGGGUCCUGCGAUGAAGGUGGUCCUCCUCGCCCCGCCCUCGACGCCGGGGAUCAGCGCCCCACGCCCGCGCACCUUCCCCCUCCACGCCCUCUCCUUCAACUUCUUCAGGAACCUGGUGGUGCAAGGGAACCUCCUGCGCGUCAAGGGCUGGCCGGGGAGGUUCGUCCUCUUUUUCUGGUACCUCUUCUGCUUUUAUAUCUACGCCUUGUACUCGGGAACGCUGACAGCUGUUUUGGCUGUCCCUGCCUUCGAACGACCCAUUAACACCCUCAGCGACCUUUCGAAAGCCAAGGAAAAUGGGUACACGAUCGGCACUAUUCAAGACUCUAGCCUCGAAUUCAUCUUUAAGGAUCUUACUUGGCCUGAUGAGGAAACUUUGGCGUCCGAAAUGUCAUUCUGGUCCUAAUGCAGUUGUGUUUCAUUUUAUCUGAAUAAACGUUCU